CAUCCGCAUCUCUGUUUCCCCCUCCCUCACAGCGCGGCGGCUGCCUCACAACUCAAAACUGCAGGGACCACCACUCCAGCGAAAGCAGGGUCAGGCUCAGGCGCAACGCAACAAAAACAACACAAGGCGACGGCGAUGAGCUCUGCGGCGGCGAUGACGGGGGCGGGGAAGGUGGUGUGCGUCACCGGCGCAUCAGGGUACAUCGCGUCCUGGAUCGUCAGGCUGCUCCUCGACCGCGGCUACACCGUCCGCGCCACCGUGCGGGACACCGCUGACCCAAAGAAAACAUUGCACCUGACUGCUCUGGAUGGAGCCAAGGAUAGGCUGCACUUAUUUAAAGCUAGCCUGCUAGAAGAGGGCUCUUUUGACGCUGCAGUUCAUGGAUGUGACACCGUAUUCCAUACUGCCUCUCCCUUUUAUCACAAUGUCAAGGAUCCUAAGGCUGAGUUACUUGACCCAGCAGUUAAGGGAACACUCAAUGUUCUUGGUUCAUGCAAGAAAGCUUCUAUUACAAAAGUGGUUAUAACAUCCUCUAUGGCUGCUGUUUCCUACAACGAGAAGCCAAGGACUCCUGAGGUCACAGUUGACGAGACAUGGUUUACUGAUCCACAAAUUUGUGAAAAGACUCAGCAAUGGUAUGUUUUGUCCAAGACACUCGCAGAGCAGGCUGCUUGGAAGUUUUCAAGGGAUAAUGGAUUUGAAAUUGUUACUAUAAACCCAGCAAUGGUUAUUGGUCCCCUGCUCCAGCCUACACUAAAUACCAGUGCUGAAGCAAUCCUGAAGUUAAUCAAUGGAUCAUCUACAUAUCCCAAUUCAAGCUUUGGAUGGGUUAAUGUCAAAGAUGUUGCCCUGGCCCAUAUCCUUGCAUAUGAGAUUCCCUCGGCAAAUGGAAGGUAUUGCAUGGUGGAAAGAGUUGUUCACUACUCAGAACUAGUCAAAAUCAUCCGCAAGAUGUAUCCUACCAUUCGUCUUCCAGACAAGUGUGCAGAUGACAAGCCAUUUGUCCCAACCUACCAAGUAUCAAAGGAGAAGAUAAGAAGCAUAGGCAUUGAGUUAAUUCCAGUGGAGACGAGCGUCAAGGAGACUAUCGAAAGCUUGAAAGAGAAGGGAUUUGUUAGUUUUGACUCGAGCAACCUGUGAAACAGAAGUAUUACUAUUAGUACCUGAUACUGCAUUAGAGACAUGCAUCAGACUUCGCCAUUCACAAGUUGCUAGUAGCUUUGAUCUGUAAGGUUACCUAAAAUAAACUGUGGCACGUCGCCACGUUGUAGCUUUUUUUUCGGAUAUGUUAUGUUUUGGUCGGCUUGGGAAAACGUGAUAUAUAUGGCUAGUCUCGAUAGGGAUUUUAUGUCCCAGCUUUCAACGCAUCUAUAUUUUAGAAAUAGUCAUCUCUCUUUAUAAA